CUCAAAUUGACCCCAUGAGAAUAGCUGGUCGCCCAUAAAGCCGCGCCAACUUGUUUUGGGAUCACCAAUUGGAAGCAUUUCCCAUUCCUUUUUUCCCAGCUCGGCAACAUGCUUGAGUUCCGCACGGAGGGUUUCAAUGGAUAUGCAGUGAAAUACUCCCCUUUCUUCGACUCCCGCCUUGCGGUUGCUGCGUCUGCGAAUUUUGGCCUUGUUGGAAAUGGCAGGCUUUACAUUUUCGACUUGACACCCAACGGCAUCGUCCCUUUGAAAUACUUCACAACGCAAGAUUCUCUCUACGAUAUUGCUUGGUCCGAAAUCCAUGAAAACCAAGCCCUCGUGGGUUCCGGGGAUGGAAGCAUUAAGCUCUUCGAUGCUACAGUGGAUGAGUUUCCUGUCCAAGGAUGGAAAGAACAUUCUCGAGAAGUUUUCUCAGUACAUUGGAAUUUAGUAGCCAAGGACCGAUUUUCUUCCAGUAGUUGGGACGGAACCGUUAAAAUUUGGUCCCCCUCUAGACCGCAAUCACUCUUAACUCUCCCGACACAUAGCUGUACGUAUUCUGCCGCGUUUUCACCGCACUCUCCCGAUAUUUUAUCGUGUGUUUCCUCAGACUCGCACCUCCGCGUCUUCGAUUUGCGCACACCUGCGUCCGCAAACAAUCACCUUACAGUACAAAUCCCGAUUCACAAAGGAUCAUCGGUACCUACGAAGCCAGGAUUUCAACCUGCACCCGCUUCAUGCCCUCCAUCAGAGGCUCUGACGCAUGACUGGAACAAAUAUCGACCCUCAGUUCUUGCCACGGCCGGUGUCGACCGUACAAUCCGUACCUUUGAUAUCCGUGCUCCGCAUCAAGGUCCUCUCUCAGUCAUGAUUGGACAUGAAUAUGCCGUCAGAAAAGUUACCUGGUCACCGCAUCUUUCGCACGUUCUGCUUAGCGCUAGCUAUGACAUGACUUGCCGUGUUUGGAGCGACUGCUCCGAUACCGGAACGCCUGGUGAUGAUGCGGGCUUCAUGCAUGGCGGACCGAGCGCUGAAUCAGCAAUGGGCAGGGAGCUGGGGCGCAUGGGGCGCCAUACGGAGUUUGCCACAGGUGUAGAUUGGUGUCUCUUUGGGAGUGAAGGGUGGUGCGCAAGUUGUGGGUGGGACGAAAGGCUCUGUGUUUGGGAUGUGAGAGCGGUGAUGGCCUGAUACCAAAAUUUUUACUGAUAUGGUCUAUCUGACCGCAUCUCAAUGUCAUCUACCCUCGAAACCAUGAUGUGAUAUGGAUGGCCUACGUUUCGAUCUCUAUCACACGACCUUUUUUACACGUUUCGACUAGACCGCAAUUAAAUAACGACCGAAACUUGCAGCAGCGAGGAAAACAUUUGUAGUGUUACAACUGUCUGGAAAUAUUAUGCUUUCAAAUACCCUUGGAGUACCACUUACCUCUUCCAUGGCCACCUCAUCGGGGACCCAUCGGGGACCCAUCGGCUAAUAUCCGCUCAACGCUAGACGGUUCAACGAUACGAAACCCCCCCUCGCAAGCUCAGUGAGCACUAGAGGACCCCUUGUUGGCACAUUAUCUGCAUUUGUCGCCGUAGACUCAUAUCAGCUGUGAACGAACCCAUACUUCCACUGUCAAUUCCUACGUCUUUAGAUGUCAAAGUAACUCGUCCGCAGAUUUGACUAACGCAGCCCAAGCAAUGGUUUUGGCCCGGAUAUAUUGAAUUAGAAGGAUUGCAUAGCUUCUCAUCACUGUUAUGAUAGCGAAAUUGGCCUCUAAAUGUAGUUUCCGCCAUUGGGAUAUAGUUGCCCUCUGGGGAAUAGCCUGACUCAAGACAUUUGGAAAGGAUCUUAAAUGGGGUGCGUGAUAUUGAGAGUCAGGCUAGUCCAAUAUGAAAUAAAUCAUAAAACCGUUCAUGAG